GAGGAAGGAGACGCCAUUAGAGGGAGGCGGAGAGCGAGCGUUCCUCGCCUCUCCCCCGGUUCCUGACGUGGUGCCCGGGGCCCUUCACACUCGGACUUUCCUCUCGGCGCUUCCAGGCCUCUCCCGGAGGCGGCAGUGGGGACGGCGCCCGGGGCGGGGGGCGCCGGUGCGGAGGGGCUGCGCGGGCCGCGGCUGUGAAGGUGCCGCGGCGUCUGGGGAACUCGGCGCGGCGCUAGGGCUCGGGCGGCGGGGACGCGACGGGAUGGCUGCGGCCGGCGGCGGCGGGGCGGCGGCGGGCCGAGCCUACUCGUUCAAGGUGGUGCUGCUGGGGGAAGGCUGCGUGGGUAAGACGUCGCUGGUGCUGCGCUACUGCGAGAACAAGUUCAACGACAAGCACAUCACCACCCUGCAGGCAUCAUUCUUAACAAAGAAGUUAAAUAUUGGUGGGAAGAGAGUAAAUCUUGCUAUAUGGGAUACAGCAGGUCAAGAGAGAUUCCACGCAUUGGGUCCAAUUUACUACAGAGAUUCAAAUGGAGCUAUUUUAGUUUAUGAUAUAACAGAUGAAGAUUCUUUUCAGAAGGUUAAAAACUGGGUGAAAGAAUUACGGAAAAUGUUGGGAAAUGAAAUCUGUUUAUGUAUAGUAGGUAAUAAAGUAGACUUGGAGAAGGAGAGACAUGUUUCCAUCCAAGAAGCAGAAUCGUAUGCAGAAUCUGUGGGAGCAAAACAUUAUCACACUUCAGCCAAACAGAACAAAGGAAUUGAGGAACUCUUUCUUGACCUUUGUAAAAGAAUGAUAGAGACAGCACAAGUGGAUGAGAGGGCAAAAGGCAAUGGUUCCAGUCAGCCGGGAGCUGCAAGGCGAGGUGUACAGAUUAUUGAUGAUGAACCUCAAGCCCAGAGCGUUGGCGGAGGGUGCUGUUCUUCUGGAUAACUGUUCACCCCUAAGAAAGUAAAAAAAACAAACUGUGGAUCAUUGCCCUCAACAUGAAGACUGCCAUAUUCCAAGUCACAUUAUUUUACCGAUGGAGUUACAGAAUUAACAGUAUUUUAAAUUACGUUUAUAACUGCAGAGACCUUAAGUGCUAAACUUAGUGGAGUUUGUGACCAGAGAAUUGGCAUUUUCUACAAAUGUUAACAAAGCAAUUACCAAUGGCCUUUUUACAUAUUUUUUUCUUUAAUAAGAAAUAAUAUGCAUGUAGAAAAGACCUACUUAAAGGCUUCAUUUAUAUUCUUUUAAAUCAAAUCUUUAUUUAAUAACUUAUAUAUGUUGUUGGAAUGGUAUACAUUUUUGCAGUCCUUUGUAUUUUGUGGUAGUUUGAACUGUAUCCCUUCUAAAGAGCAAACUGUCUUUUGUUUUCUUCUUCUGUCUUUUUUUUUUUUUUUUAAUUAGCAGAUACCUGAAGUACUAUUUUUGCAGGGUUUGCACAGGCCCCUAACUGUCUACUACACUUUGAUAUACUCUAUAUACAUCCUGUAUGCUGAGCUGGUAAAAUACAAUGUAAAUUACAUAUUAAAUAUUUUAUCUGCUUUUACAAGUGCAAGGUGCAAAAAUAUAUACAGUAGUCUCAUUGAUGACUGUAAAGUGAAUUAACAUUUGGUGAUAAUGCCUAAGCUUUUUGACUCUGAUAUAAAGGUCAUAGCUCCCCUUCACUUCUGUCUUAAUUUGAAAGUGGUGUGUUUCAAGUUUCUCACAUACUUUACUUGAAUUAUUGCUGUUGUCCUGUUUUUCGCCUCUAAAUCCAUCUGAUCAUUGAGCAACAGCAUUUGCCUUUGGGUUUUGGGUUGUUUUGUUCUUUUGUGGGGUUUGCGGGGUUUUUUGUGGGGCGGGGAUAAAAGAGAUGACUUCUGCCGUUUUUGCUUUAGAAUGGUUACCUUAGAAGUAUUUGAAGAGCAUGCUGAGUUUCACUUCUGCGAAGCUUUAGUUUUCUCUUAGGCUUUAUAUGAAAUGGAUUCACUGGUAUGAGAAGAGAGGAAGAAGCCCCAGAUAGUAGCCGCUCACUAAGACUUUUACACAGCAGCAUGUUAGUGGUGGUUUCUGCUCCCGAGGCAGCGCUUCUAGAUCCUUCCUGAGCAAAUCGUAUUUGUUCAUUGCUUGCCAGAGAUAAACACAGAAAGUUUUGUUUCAUUUUGUAAGCGCUAUCCUUCUGAAUUUCUUUGAAGGGAAACAUUUCAUGUAAUGCAGUUAUAGCAAACACUGGAAAGAUUUAUUAUAAAAUUAUAUUCUUGUAUACUUUGUAAAUUAGUCUCACUAGGUUUUUUUUUCCUUAAGCAUAAGACUAAACCUAAAUUUGUUAAUUUUAAUAGAAUCAGGCACAGGAAGAACACAAAUUGUGUAAAUUAACAUAAAUUGUUCUUGUUCUAAUAUAUAUAUUUUUCCAUUUCUGUCAUGCUUGGAAAACUAGUAAAUGUUAUGUCUAAGAUAAAAUGAAAUGGUCCCUGGAUUUACUUCUUAUAAGAAGCAGUAGUUAUACAAUAAAGUUAUUAGCUUGAACACUUAAAAGAAUAUAAAGAAGUUAUAGUUACUAAAAAAGUAACUUUCCCAAAUGGAUUAAAGUUGAAUGAAUUGCCAUCUUGAUGUUAUGAUAUUGCAAUUUUAACUUAGUAUUAAGUAUUCUAUAAGUCUGCAUUUUUACCCUCUUUAAUUAUUAAUCUCUGUCACACUCAACACAUGGCUUCUCUGUUGUGUGUGUUGAGGGAGGGUGGGGUGUAAAGAGUUGCCUGGAAGAUAAGCUAAAGUUGUCCUCUUUUAUGGGAUGAUCGUACUCUGUGUAGUUUCUUGGUUUCCUGGAGGGAGGCAGGGGGAAUUCUGAGUACAGAUAUUGGGACAAAUCGUUUUUGCCUUCCUGGUUAUUUUGUCCAUAGAGAAAGUCUUGGCUAUAGAUGUAGUGGGAUAUAAGCUCUUCUCCAUUGGAGUGAAGUAUGUUUUUAAAACUAAUUAGAGAUGAAAUUGAGGUUUAUUUUAAAAAGUAAAAUCAAAAGUCAUGAUUGGAGAGUUGGACUCUUCGAUUUUCGACCCUAUAUUAAUGAUAUAAAGUCCAGAUAGAAACCUCUUCUCCAGAGUUGCCAGGUAAUUGGUGAGGUACAACCACUCUAUGUUUCUUUCUUUACUCUUCCUUGGUUUCUGUGUAUCUUCCUUAACAUCAAGCAUUUCAUUCUUUUUUUCACCUGUAAUUUAAACUAAUUCAGUAGCAACAAUAGAUAAUAUGGUAUACCUGACCUUGCUCCAAAGCUCAAAAGUUUUAGGUAGGAAUAGAGUGAAAGGGUAGUGAAAGAGGACAAAUCAGUUGCCGUGUGUAUUCAAAGGAAAGAUAAAAAAAAAAUAAACCAAGGCUAAGAAAGUUUUUCUGAUACUUGCUUUACCUCCCUAAUACAUCUUUUGUGUUCUUGUCCUUAUAAUUGUGCUACUAGGAAGAAGACACAAAUUAUCAUGUGUAUUAAAAGUAGUAGGUAGGUAGAACCAAUGUAUUUUUCAACUAAUAAGUGUAUACUGUUGGUAUAUAUAAGUUUAAAGUUGGUUUAAGAUAGUCAUUAAAAAGGCAUCCAGAUAUUUAAAGUAUACAAUCAUAGUUUCUGUAAUGACGAUGGGUAUUCUGCUUGUUUUGCAUUGUGAUUAUAGAGGAAGAUUAUUGUUUUUAAAAAUACACAUUUCACAAUUUGGGGGUAAACAGUAAUCUGAAAAGAGCAUCACAUUAUCAUAUGAAAUGUUAUGGCUGUAACAGCUAAAUUAAAAUCUUUUUAAAAAUAUUAGCUUGUAUGUUAUUAGUAAUUACUUUUUAUUUGGCAUUAAAAUAAAAGCAGAAUAUUUCAUUAUUAGAUUUUUAUUAAGAAAAAGAGAAGGAAGGUAGUAAGUAGAAUGAAAGGUAGAUAGGAAAUUCUACAAACUUACAAUUUUUAAAAUCAUUUUAAAAAUUAUAGUACUUUUAACAGAUAGUUUCUAAAUAAGGCAAAUUAUGCAUUGUGCCAAAUAUUUAGAACAUUAAAAAUGAGUUGUUACACUGCUUAUUUCUUUUAACCCAUAAUUUGCAGUUUUCUGUAUUACAGAUGCUACCAGGGGUCUAGAUCAUUGAUCUUAGGUUAUCUUCAGACGACACAACUUACAUUCUAGAGGGGUUGACCCAUGCCUUUGACUUGACAUUUACCUUCUGACUUCUGUUUGCCAUUACAGUUUUUUAAAGUGGAUACUUUAAAAGUAUCUCUAUAUCUAAAAGAAGAUGUGUUUUUUAAAGUAGAUACCAAAAAAAAGUAGAUACAGUGUAACAAAGAGGGAAUACUUAAUUUGUAACCAUUUAAAAUGUUGAGAUCUUCUGGAAAAUGGGGUAGAUAGUAAUGACCAGCAAGAACCUUACAAUAAUUUCUAAAGAUAAGAGAACCUGAAUAGAUCCUUAAGUGUUCUUUUCUAAAUUAUAAAUUGCAUUACCUAGAUUUUAAUAACUAAAAGCUGGGAUUCAUUGAAUUUGUACAUUUACUUGAUUUCAUAAUAGUCAUUGAUUCUAGUAAGCUGCUGUUCUAUAAUUUUUUAUCAACUAAAACUAAUAAUAUAUUUGGUGUUGUGGGCUAAAAUUCAUGCUAUCCAUAUGUCUGACUUUGAUAGCUUUUCCCUUUUCAAGAAAACUAUAAUUUUGAGCAAAUUUUCCUACAUGUAAGUAUUUUAGUAUUAAUCACAUGUAAUGAAGAAAUGUAGAAAUACUCUUAAACGUUUGCAAUUUUAAGCAGACUGCUUUGCUUCUAAACAAAUGCCACUUUGGCAGAUCUUCAGCACUGCUUGGGCUGUCUGGGAUUUACAUAUAAUCUCUCUUCUAAGGAAGCUGAAUGUGCUUCUGGGUGUUAACCUUUCUACUGCAGCAUCUUUUCUGCAGUAGGUAAUGAACAUGGCAUGGUGCAUGGCACACCCAGAAAGAAUCUUAUUUAAAGCAUCUGGUCCUCCAAAAUAAUGCACAUAUUUCCGAGUGCAAUGGAUUAAAGCCAAAGGAUGAGCACACCUACUUAAAUGAUCUUUAUUGUCAUAAUAUCAGUUCUCUCUGAUUUUGGUACUUCCUGGCGACUGAAUCAUUUCUUCAUUAUCAAAUACUCAAGAAACAGCUUAUGUGAUUUCCUUAAAUUUGAGCUUGUGUGGAGCAAUGAGAGAAAGGUGAGGGAUAGCAGGGGUAAAGUAUGAUGAUGAUGAAAAACAGACAACAGUGGUAUUUGGUAAACUAUACCUUUAGUGGUGGGUUUCUCUGGGGGUCAGUGGUAAAGAAUCCGCCUGCCAAUGCAGGAGAUGUGGAUUUGAUUGCUGGGUCAGGAAGAUGCCCUUGAGAAGGAAAUGUCAACCCACUCCAGUAUUCUUGCAUGGGAAAUGCAAUGGACAGAGGAGCCUGCUGCAGUCCAUGAGGUCACAAGGAGUCAGACACAACUUAGUGACUAAACAACUCAACAGUCUUUGGUGGUAGCAAGCUAUUUUAAGGAAACCAUCAUAUGAAGUACUUUCUAGAAGUAUAAAAGUUCCUCAUUUUGUAUUUAAUUACAUAUGACUAUAUUCUAGGAAAAAAAUUAAAAAUACAGAUAUUGUAGAAGUGCCACUAGGGUACCUCAGAGUGUAUACUCUUCAGUCACCUUUUCUUUAUGCAUUUACAUACAUAUAUAUUUACCUGUAGAAAUAUAUAAUUUUGUGCAUUUUUACAUAUUGUAGUGUCUUACUAUGCAUAUGUUUUGCAACUUGCUUUUUUUCCUACCAAAAUGUCUAGAUUUUACAUUACAGUAUAUACAGAUUUUCAUUUUCUUCCAAAUCUCUCUGGGUGUGUUUUGCCUUUUUAUAUAACUUCUGACUCUCCAUAAAACCUCCAGAAACUUCCCUGGCAGUCUGAUGAUUAGGAUUCCUCGCUCUCAAUUGCAGGGAGCACAUUUAGGUCACUGGUGUAGUCAGGGAACUGGGAUCCCACAUGCCACAUGGCCUAAAAACAAACAAAAAAAACUUCCCCAGAGGAGUCUGGCCAAUUAGGUGGAUUUCAUUAGAAUCAUAGAAUUUAAAUGCAAGGCAGGACUUGACUUAGAAUCCGGGUUUCUUUUUAAGCAUGUGAAUCAAGAAAUUAGACAUCUGCCUACAAUUCAUUUGAAGUAUUUUACUUUUGGCCUACUGUUGACUAAUAUAUAAAAUUCAGGAGUUUAGCAGAUUUUUCUUUAUUCGGAAUAAGUUUUUAUUUGAGGAAAGAAGGAAAAAGGGGAAGGUAUAGUUGAUAGGAAAAAGAGGACAAAUGAGUAUUUAUACAGCUUUGAGCAUUACAUAACACAAGACUUCGUGCCACCAAAAAUUGAAAACCUGGUUAAUUUGUGUCAUUAAUACAGAAUGAAAAAUGAAAAUCUUUCUUCAGGUCUCCACCUUCCCCACCAUCCCUCUUUAGCGGUAACUAUUGUUAACAACUUGGUAUGUGUCUGUAUCUAAUAUAUAAAUGUUUUAGUUUAUCUUUGGUCUUUAUAAAUAUUCAGUUCCCUGAAAGCAAUUUCUUGUUGAGUUGUAAAGUCGUGUGUGACUCUGUGAUGCCAUAAACUGCAGUACAUCAGGCUUCCCUGCCCUUUGCUGUCUCCCAGAGUGGGCUGAAACUCCUGUCCAUUGACUUAGUGAUGCCAUCCAACCAUCUCAUUCUCUGUCACCCCCUUCUCCUACAGUCCAUGGGGUCUCAAAGAUUUAGACAUGACUGAAAGUGUUAGUCGCUGAGUCGAAAGCAAUUUCUACCCUAUGUCAAAUUCUGCCCUCAAUCAAUGGACCAACUUUCCAAGAACAAAUCGGAAUCAUACCUUUUAAAAGAAAGUUAAAUCAGUGAUGACAGUUCCUGAACUAGAAGUUAAGUACCUGACUUUUAAGAUGUUGUACAUUUUGUAAAUUAAGCUUAAGAGGUAACUAGCAUUCUGGGGAAGUCCAUAAAAUUAUUGGUUUUGCCCCCUUUGGAAAUAGGGCUAGGAAAAAGGGGUGAGGAAGUCCAAAGUCCUUGAUACGAGUGUAAUUUUUGGCAUAUUUUCCUGCUUGAAAAGUAUUGUAAUGUCCCCAACAAUUACUUUAUGAGUACUUCUCUGCACUGUCAAGGUUAUAGCUAAGCAUGUGUGCUGAGACAUAAAUGUGUGUGCUCCAGAACAACAGAUUUAUUCAUAUUUGACUUUUAAUGAAAACAAUUCAGACAGCAAGUUAAGCACAAGUUUACAUGAUUUUGUUGUUUCCAUAUGGUAUUUUUAAAAAUUUAAAAUAUGUUCUCUGUUCAUCAUGACUCAAUUUCAUUCAUUCAUUGAGUGCCCAGAGCAUGCACAGGGGAACCAGACUUUCUUUAUAGUUAGAGCUUGGAGAUGGGGAACUGAUUACCAUUGCCCAUAGUCUAGGAUAUAAAUGGUUUAUUUGUGGGUAUGAGGUCAACCAAGCACAUGUUCACAUUCUGUUUGAUCACAUAGAUAGGUACUGGUCAAACUUGUGCAGUAAUUAGAGUGACAGUAGUUGGAGAUGAUAAGUGAAUUUGUGGUAAAGCUGAACAGAAUUUUGGGUCUUGGCAAACAGUACAUUUUCUAGCCAGAUUAAAAUAGAAUAACAAGUUUUCUAGUCUUAAGUGGCAAUUAAGUCCUCAAGUCCUUAUUACUUUUCCAAAUUUUGUGGUAGCACUGAAGAAACAUGUCUUUUGAUUGUUACACAGCUUUUUUCUUUAAUCUUAAAAAUGUAUUUAAAAAAGCAAUUGUUUCUUUGCCUUUGACGGCUGUUCCCUUGUUAUCAGAUAGUAAUCCAGGACACAGUCCAUUCCUGAGUGCCAGUAAACCCUUCUGGGGACUGUAA